CUACAACGCUGGGAUCAGCGCGUGCGAGAAGGGCGAGCAGUGGCAUUGGGCCCUGAGGCUGCUCGGCGAGAUGCGGGAGGCGAAGUCGGAGCCCGACGCCUUCUCUUCAGCUACAACGGUGGGAUCAGCGCGUGCGAAAAGUGCGGACAGUGGCAGCGGGCUUUGGCGCUGUUCGGCGAGAUGCGUGAGGCGAGGUUGGAGCCUGACGUGAUCUUCAGCUACAGCGCUGGGGUCAGCGCGUGCGAGAAGGGCGAGCAGUGGCAGCGGGCGCUGGCGCUGCUGAGCGAGAUCGCGUGCGAGAAGGGCGAGCAGUGGCAGCGGGCGCUCGCGCUGCUGAGCGAGAUGCGGGAGGCGAAGCUGAAGCCCAACGUCAUUUCCUACAACGCUGGGAUCAGUUCGUGCGAGAAGGGCGAGCAGUGGCAGCGGGCGCUUGCGCUGCUCAGCGAGAUGCGGAAGGCGAAGCUGAAGCCCGAA